GUCAGCUUGGGUGGUAGGCGUGUCCUGUCUGCCAGGUAAGCUACACGAUCACGUCUGCCUAUGCUCUGGCGUACGCAUACGCGGAACCCGAGUGAUGGGUACAAGUGCGUAUCUCAGCCUGAACAGCCUUGAACGUGCUGCGUGGCAUGAUCAGCAGAGAGACCUACACCUGUGUUCGCUUGUUAGCUUAUUUGGAAUAAGGACAUCCGCUCCGCCCCAAGGAUCACAUUUCCAGAUGUACGUGUACACACGGCGACGGCUGGCGCCAACUCUGCCUUGGUGCUAUGCUAUGUAGAUCUAGUAUCCAUCCGCUGGACACGCCGACCUUUUAGAGAUGCAGCCCCUGUAGCUGAAGUCCAUCGAACCCAGCACGAGGAACAUGCAAUACUCCGCAUUCUCUCGAUCUACAGUCCGCGGACUCCAUCGGCCUGUGCUCCAGGGUGCAGUGACCUUGACAACUGACUCCAUUCAAGUGGUAAAUCGUCCAAGCCCCGACUGGAGUCUGCAUCAUUUCCGGCCAUCGCAUUCCAUUCCUGAACAUGCAAAUGUGACUACCUACCCAGCGAACCCAAGCUCUAUCGUUCAGGGCGCCUACGGAUGGACUCCUGUGCGGCGGGCUCCGGAAAGUCAUCUGCGACCAAGUUAUCUCCCACUUCCUUGCAUGUCAAUAGCGACACCGCGACCUCACAGUGUCAUCCCUUUCGAACCUUCCAAGCCCCUUCGAGUCGGGGGCGCUCAGAACGUCCUAUGUUGGUUCGGCUCACCUUGCGCCGUUUCACUCACCAACACAUCACCCUCCGGCAUCAAGCAGCAUCUUCUCCAGUUCCAUACUGCAGACAUCGACAUGCCAGGGUCGGGCGCGUACGCGCUGCCAGUGGUGGAUGUCCAACGGCGCGUGCGGGAAGGAGGUGUAUUGCGACAUGCUCCCCAAGCAUGUAGCAGUCGUGCAUCUCAAAAGUUCUGGCGUCGCAUGUCCGCGUUGCGAGCGCACGCUGUCGAGGGCGGACUCGCUGGCGCGACAUCUGGCGCUCUAUUGUCGUGGUUCGCAAUUGUAGCAAGUACUUGUGUCUUCUCUCUUCGAUCAUACCUGCCUAAUUGUAUUCGAUUGCGACCCAUUGGACACACUCUGUUUGAUUUCUUCUUCGACUCGCAGGUACGCUUGAACCAUACUAUCCAUCGCUUCACGCUCGUGACCCGGGCCUCUUGCUACAUGACAUUUCACCCUCGUGAUUGGGAAUUGGACAUCAGGUCAACUACGAACAUCGAUCGUCGUUGUAAGAGAUUUCAACUACAGUGAACGUCUGAGUCCAUGGUCUCCACCCUUUGAGAAGUCCGUACAGUCCGUCACCAAAGUCCUGUGCAUGACAUUGCACGAGCGCUUAGUCCACGACCAGAGACACGUUCUUGAACUCCAACAAGACCCAAGGUCCAGCCUAGAC